UUUUGCUCUAAUCUAAAUAUAAAGAAUCAAACUUAAUCUUUCACCCAUAAUGGGUUUACAAAUAUUAUGGUUAUUUCGCAUAAUAUUCAUCGUAACAUACAUCUCUCAUGCCUCGUGUUUGCCAGAUACAGCUGGCUAUUACAGUUUUAUGAAAGAUGCAACUUCUGCGCCAAUGUUUGCUCGGUUCGAUUACAUAAUCAUCGGAGGAGGAACUUCCGGUUGCUCGUUAGCCGCAACGCUAUCUCAAAACGCUAGCGUUUUGGUUCUUGAACGCGGCGGCGCUCCCUACGACAAUCCGACGGCAACGGAUAUCGAAAACUUUGCCACCACACUCUCAAACACAUCACCUAAUUCGUGGUCGCAGCUUUUUAUCUCCGAGGACGGCGUUUACAACACACGUGCACGUGUCCUCGGUGGUGGCUCGGUGUUAAACGCCGGGUUUUACACACGUGCGGGAGAAGAGUACGUGAAGGAGGCUGAGUGGAAGAGCGAUGAAGUGGAAGCUGCUUACGAGUGGGUCGAGAAGAAAGUGGCGUUUCAACCGCCGGUGAUGGGAUGGCAAACGGCGUUUAAAGAUGGGCUUUUGGAGGCUGGUGAGUUUCCGUACAACGGUUUCACGUACGAUCAUAUCUAUGGGACUAAGAUCGGUGGUACGAUCUUUGACCGUGCUGGUCAUAGACACACGGCGGCUGAUUUGUUGGAAUAUGCUAAUCCGGGCAACAUUGUUGUCUACUUGCAUGCCUCCGUUCAAAAGAUCCUCUUCACCACCAAAGGAAGGCCAAGGCCAAAAGCAUACGGAGUGAUAUUUCAAGACGCGAACGGAGUGUUACACAAGGCAGAGUUAGAGAAGAAUGCAAUGAAUGAGGUGAUUUUGUCCGCGGGGGCCAUUGGGAGCCCGCAAUUGUUGAUGCUGAGCGGCAUAGGUCCCGCGGCUCAUCUCGCGGCUCACGGGAUUAAACCGGUGGUGUUAGAUCAUCCGAUGGUAGGGCAAGGGAUGGGAGAUAAUCCGAUGAAUGCCAUAUUUAUUCCUUCUCCUACGCCUGUCGAGGUUUCUCUGAUACAAGUCGUUGGGAUCACAAAGUUUGAAAGUUACAUUGAAGGAGCAAGUGGUGUCAUCUUCUCUUAUAGUUGGACUCGUAGAUUUUUCGAUGGUGUUUUGAAUUAUCUCAACGAGAUUCAGACAAGCCGUACUUCUAGUACUACAUCUCCAACACUGUUGGCCCAAUCCAUCACAGAUUUUUUCAAAUCCAAUCCUCUAUUGAAUGCGACCACAAAAGCCGGUUUGAUCCUCCAAAAAAUCGCGGGACCGAUCUCGAGAGGUCAUUUGGAGCUUAGGAACACAAACCCAGAUGAUAAUCCUUCAGUAAGGUUCAACUAUUAUCAAGAGCCAGAGGAUCUACAGAUAUGUGUUGAAGGGAUCAACACCAUUAUCAAAGUUAUCAACUCCAAGGCAUUCUCCAAAUUCAAGUACCCGGACGCGACCAUUCAUGGACUACUCGAUCUAAUGCUAGGCGUUCCUACCAAUCUGAGGCCGCGGCACAUAACCUCGAUGUUCAAUUUGAAGCAGUUUUGCAUUGACACUGUGAUGACAAUUUGGCACUACCAUGGAGGUUGCCAAGUUGGAAGAGUGGUUGACAAGAAUUACAGAGUCUUAGGCAUCGAUUCAUUAAGGGUCAUCGAUGGAUCCACAUUUCUCAAGUCUCCGGGGACUAAUCCUCAAGCUACGGUUAUGAUGCUCGGAAGGUAUAUGGGCCAAAGGAUUCUUCAAGAGAGGGAGAUUUACCGCAAAACGGAUAAAGAAGCGUGAGAUAUUACUUAGAGACAUUUGCUUUAAGAAAAUCUUGAUCUUGGAAUAGUUUUAAUCAAUGUAUGAUGAACUUAAAGAGUAUGAAUGUGUACAUCUAUCUGUCCAUGUUCUGUUUCUAAUAUGUAUAAUAAUGAUAUAGUGGAAUU